AUGGCACAUCUGCAUCGCCUCGCGUCUCUGGCUCGAUCUCCGCUUCCAUGGCGCUCAAACACAGUCUUUGCAAGCACCUCGACUAGGCUGGCUGGGCCGGCUCGGUCGAGCGCGGGCGCCUUCGCAAGCAGCCGAUGCAUUUCUCAAGCCACAGCAUCGGCUCGCCCCGACUCGGCGCAUGGCCAAUCCGGUCUUCGCGUCUUGCGCCUCGUCCUGGCGGGCACCGUCGUAGCCGUCGCUACCGUGUCGUUCUCCGAGCCUCUCCGACUCGACGCUCCAACUCCCGCCGCCGCCAGAUCGAUUGCCGAUGCGCACCGCGAGGAUGUUCAGCGUGAGGACGAAUCGUACCGCCCGCACCGCCCGCUGCGCUUCCAGCCAGUCUCGAUGCUUCUCACCAACUACGCCGUCUUCGCCCUCUGCUCCUUCUCCUCUCUCGCCAAGGUCGGCCCGAGCCUGAUCGAGUGGAGCUCAAACACCUCCAUCCCCUUCGUCUGGACCGCAACAGAGUACAUCAUCCGUCGCACCUUCUUCCGCCAAUUCAUCAGCGAUGACACCGCAGAGGGUUCCCUGCCCUUGCUCUCGUCCCUCUCGCGCAACAACCUUGGCGCCAUGCUCAACUUCUCCGUCGAGGUCACCCACAACGGCAAACCGGCAUCCUCCUCCUCGUCCAACACCGACGCCAAAGCCACCGCCAAGCCCGCAGUGCACCGUCCCUUUGUUGACGAACUGCUGCACAGCAUCGACGUCUCCGCUCGCCUUGCUACGCUUCCCGCCGACCAUGGUGCUGCCGACACGGCCGAACUCGCCGAGCUGGCCUCGCGUCCCGAUCGCUCUGGCAGCACCUUUGUCGCCAUCAAGCUCUCCGGCCUCCUCUACGACUCUUCGGUCCUCGAACGCGCAUCGGCUGCCAUCGUGCCCCGCGAAUGGUUCAGCGCGCCUCCCGAGCCGCUCCCGCCGCUCAGCAUCAACGGCAUGGGCCCUUGCGGUGGCCUCGCCAUCCCCGUCGCCGCGCUCCCUCCCAAGGACGUCGAGGCGCUUCGCGAACUCUGGCAGGCGCUCCGCGAGAUCACCGAGCGCGCCAAGCAGCACGGCAACGUCCGCCUCGCCAUCGACGCCGAAUACAGCUGGUACCAGCCUGCCAUCGACGCCAUGUACGAGGCCAUCGCUGCCGAGUACAACCGUCCCGGACCGGCCGCCUCCACCAACGCCAAGUGUGGCGAAGCAGAGCCCCAGGGCAACGUCUCCGGCCCGCUCGUCUACAACACCUUCCAGGCCUACCUCCGCCGAACACCCUCCCACCUCGCCGCCUCGUUCGAGCGUGCCAAACUCAACGGAUACACGCUAGGCGUCAAGCUCGUCCGCGGCGCCUACGUCGACAUCGAGAAUCGCAUCUGGUCCGACAAGAUCGUCGACGCGCCUCCCGUCCCCGGCAAGGGCGCCGACGCUCCUGCCUACGAGGGCUGGGGAAGCCCCGUGUGGCCCAACAAGGACCUCACCGACCGUUGCUACGACGGCUGCGCCAUUCGCCUUGUGCAGGAGAUCCAUGACGACGUCGUGCGCAGUGCAAAGAAGGGCACCCAACCUAGCCUCGCCGUCGUCUUUGCCAGCCACAACACCCAGUCGGCGCUCAAGGUGAUCCGCGAGAUGGCCGCCAGCGAGGCCUCGCCGGGCGCAGAUAAGGCGCUGCUGCUGCGUCAGGUUCCGCUCGUGGACCUGCAGCUGCAAGAGUCGAUUCGCGGGCGCAUCUUCUUUGCCCAGCUGUACGGCAUGGCCUCGGUGCUCACCGCACGCAUCCAGGCCGCCUUCGACCCUGCCUCUGGUGGCGUGGGCCCGCACAUGGUGCUCAAGUACAUCCCAUACGGCCCGCUCGAGCUGACGCUCCCGUACCUCAUCCGCCGUGCUCUCGAAAACGGUGAUAUUAUGACCGGCGGCGCGGCGGCCGAAAAGGCGCUCGUGUGGGACGAGCUGAUGCACCGUCUUGGCCUCCGUCGAUCGUAG